AUGUUCUCGGGCACGACAUGGCGCAGGCACUUAGAAGAAGCCAACACCGAAGAUGAAAGAAAUGCUAGCUCCGAGCCUCGGUCCGUUCCUGCACCAAAGCCUCUCAGAAUCACGCUUCCAAAUCCUCUUUCUGUAUUAGCACUCGCUGCUGCAAAAAUCCGAGCCCCUCCCCUCGAGUCCCAUGGUCCCGAAGACCCUCCUCUAGAAGAUCGCACUAGCUCGAAUGCGAAGAAAGAGAAACCAAGUAAGGCCAGCGGCAAGGGAAAAAUGUGUCCGAGCCCAAGGCAGAAUGGACGGAAUUUAUGCGCCCACCGCUGGCUCAAGCAAAUUAAGACAAACGGAACUACGGACAAGUUCUGUGUUUACUACGGCAGCCUCAACGAAGAGCAGAGGAAGGAGUAUGACAAUGAAGCGAACACACUUGCUACCGAAAACAAAUGGAACAAGACUGUUAAUACAGGCAAGAUGUACUAG